AUGGCUCCUAAUAUGAAGGGCUUGACCCAGUUCAUCGUGGACUUGAGGAAUUCCAAAGAUGCCGAAGAGGAGCACAAGAGAAUCAACUUGGAAAUCAGCAACGUACGCUCCAAGUUCUCCCAGAACCUCAAUUCCUACCAGAAGAAGAAAUACAUAUGCAAGCUCAUGUACAUAUACCUCAUGGGGUACACGGACGAGGUACAGUUCGGCCUAAAACAGGCGUUCUCCCUAAUUGCAUCAAACGACUACGGCGAGAAGCUGGUGGGAUAUAUCCUGGUUUCUGUCUUAUACAGUCGAUCUUCGGCCUCGCUUAAAAGCUACUUCGAAGACUUGCUCGAAUUGAUAUGGCCGAACCUCAUGAAAGACCUAAGGUCCAACUCGGAGGACGUAAACUGUUUGGCCUUGCUGUUCAUAGCCUCCAAUUUUAACGUGUCUCACCAGGAUCUUCAUAUUACAGAGCUGAUUGUGACUGAGGCAGAUGAUCCGGCUUCACAGUGGCAGGAGCUCAUGAGUCUAGUUUACCAACAGUGUGUCUCACCUACGACAAAGUCCUUCACUAGGAAGAAGGCCGUCAUUGCAUUUUACGUCUUGCUCAAGCUAUACCCACAGAUGAUCUUGGCGAACGACAACUGGAUACCGCGUUUGCUAGCUUUGGUUGACGACAAAGAGAUCAGUGUUGUGCUCUCUGUUGUUCCCUUGGUCAAGCUUCUUGUUGAUGUCAAACCUAUUUAUUCAAAGUCUCUUCUACCAUCCAUUGCAAAUAGACUUCACUCAAUUUUGGUGGAAGAGCGUUGUCCAGAAGACUACUAUUACUAUGACAUUCCAGCACCUUGGCUCGUGGUGAAAUUGUUCGAGCUAGUCGAACACUUCUUUGUUCUCGGAGAAGAUCAAAGAAACCCAGUUGUGAUUUUGGGUAAUAUCGAUGAUCGAACACUCUCCAAGCUUAGACAGGCGGUUGCUAAGCUGAUUCAAAAUGCAUCCAGACCGGUAAAGGGCCAACCAAGCCGAAACUCACAGUCGUCCAUACUAUUCCAGGCAGUGUCGUUGGCUGUCUACCUAGACGCUUCUCCAGAUGCCAUUGAAGGCGCAAUUUAUGCAUUGGUACAGCUUUUGACAUCUCCAGAAACUAACAAUAGAUAUCUUGUUCUUGAUGCGUUGGUUAAACUUUCUGCAAGAGCCGAUUCAACUGCUCAUUUCAAGGAUCAUCUCGAGAAGAUUUACAAGUCCUUGUACGACAAGGAUAUUUCAGUGAGAAAAAAGAGUAUUGACUUACUCUACACUGUUUGUGAUGAAUCCUCAUACACUCAAAUCAUUGCAAAGUUACUCGACUACUAUCCACUCACAGAGUCUUCCUUGAAAUCAGAUAUCUCAAUCAAAAUAGCUGUAUUGGCAGAAAGAUUUGCUACAGACUCCAUUUGGUACAUCACCACCAUGCUUCGACUUCUCUCGAUUGGUGGCAAGACUGCCAGAGCAGAUCAUCGUGAUGGCCUGGGUUCUUCAGGGGAGGUAUGGGAAAGAAUUGUACAAAUUAUUGUAAACAACCAGGAUCUUCAGAAGAAAGCUUGCAAGCUUAUUAUAAACCUUCUUAGAAAAGGCGAAGGUAUGAAUGCCGACAGUCUCGUUCGAGUCGGUGCAUUGAUCCUAGGCGAUUAUGGCCACUUAGCUGCCGAGGGCGAGGAUCGUGACAGCCACUUCAGCACAUUUUCUCAGUUCAAGAUGCUUUACGAGGCCUACUUCAGGGCACAAAUCCCAACUCGGCCACUCCUUUUGUCGUCUUUCGUGAAAUUCUUGGUAAACUUUCCAAAUGAGGAUUUCGUUCCUGAAAUUCUUGAUUUGUUUGAGGCAGAAACACUAUCGCUUGAUUUGGAAAUCCAAACGAGAGCCCAUGAAUACCUAAAAGUGGGAAGUCUAACUGCUAGCGGCAGUCAGAGUGAUAGACAGUUUGCUAGAAGCAUCGUGAAAGCUAUACCUCCCUUCGAUGUUAAGAAAAACAGUCUUUUGAACCAUCUCGGAAGCUUGCAAGCUCUCAAGAGUGCUAAGUCUAGAUCUACGGUGAACGUGCUGAAGAUUCCGAAGCCCAAGGGCGAACGCCAGGCUACAACAGCAGGCUUUACUAGCGGGAGCGAUUUGAGUGAUGCCGACGAGGACUACAAUGAGAGUAGUAGCGAUCCAUUUGGUGACUCUUCGGGAGCGUCGGUGAUGAAGCUAUCACCAAACUGGUACAGCGGCUACCACAGAAUGCUUCAUUACGAUGCUGGUAUAUUCUAUGAGGACCAGCUCGUCAAAAUCACGUAUCGUGUGGUGAAGGCCACAGCAAAUGUGAAUUACCAGUUCACGGUCAUCAAUAAUGCUGCUAAGAACGCCAACACUGACAUCACCGCCUUUACUGUUUUGGAUUUGCAUAAUCCAGGCAAACGAGAGGAUCCAAACUAUUAUAUCAGACUUGUGAAAGUUCCAGAUUCAACGAUUGCCACGAAAACUACAAUGGAACUCGUCGCCACGAUUCGAAAUAUUGUCGAGAACAAUGAAAGCCCAGUACUUUCCUUGAGUUAUAGGUGCGGAGGAUCGUUCAACACCUUACAUCUCAAGGUGCCCGUGGUCAUUUUGAAGACACUUUCGGCAACCAACUUGUCCGCUGAAGAGUUCAAGCGGAGAUGGUUUCAGAUCGGGGAAGCUUUAGGUAGCAACGCAGGCGAAGCAAGACAGGCAAUUAAGGCAAAUCACAAGUACAUCCUGUCCAACGUUCUGCGUACGCUCCAAAGAUUAGGGUUUGCCGUCGUUCAUUGCACGCCCGACUCAUCAUCGGGGAUAUCCUUGUAA